AUGGAGCAACUUAAACAAACUCUCACAAAGAUUUGGCAAGAGCCUAUUCUUGUUGGUCAUCAAUAUUUACCACCCAAAAUUUAUGAUCUCCUAUGGAAUAUUACAGAGGGAAUAUUAACUGCGCUAUUAUAUCCGAUUUGCAUCGUAGUGGGAGUUGUCAGCUUUUUAUAUUAUAAUUUGAUAAAGAAGGGAGGAAAGGAUUUAUUCAAAUCAUCAGAGGAAUAUAAUUAUGAAAAGAUUUUAAUUGUUGGAAGUAGUAGUGGAAUUGGUAGAAGUUUGGCUCUUGAAAUUUCAAGCAAAUUCGCCACUAGAAAGAAUCAAAAGAGUUUGACCUUGACAUUGGUUGGAAGAAAUUUGGCUGCUAAUGAAAAGUUAAAAGAAGAAUGUAGUGCUAUUAUUAAAGAAAGUCAUCCUGUUGAAGAUUUUGAAAUUAAUGUUAGACAAGCUGAUGUGACAAACGCUGAGAGAAUGAAGGAAAUUGUUAAUGAAAUGGAUUAUGAUUGUAUCAUUGCUAAUGCUGGUGUUACAAUCUUUGUCAUGAUGGGAGAUAAGAAACCAUCUGAGUUCACAACAUUGGAAAAGAUUCAAAUGGAAUUCAAAUGUUGGGAAACUAAUCUUACUGGUUGCACUAAUACUGCCUUCCCAGCCAUUGAAAGAUUGAUUCAAGAUGCUGACAAUGGAAACAAGAAGAGAAGACAUGUUAUUUUAACAUCUUCUGGAACAGCAUACUUCCCAGAAAUGGGUCUCUAUCCAACAGCUAAAUCUGCUCUUAUUGGAAUUGCUAGAAAUCUCAGAGCCAAGUUGGAAUCCUCUCCUAAAUAUUCAAAUCUUAGAGUUUCAGUUCUAGUGCCAGGAUGGGUCCAUUCAAGUAUGUCAAAGGCUUUCCCAGCUAAGGAAAUGCAACUUGGAAUGAUUUCUUCAGAGUUGGCUGCCAAGUUGACUUGGAGUGGAAUUGAACGUGAUUUUGAAAUUAUUGAUAUUAGUGGAGUUUGGGGAUUGAUCAUGCGUGUUUUCCUCAAAUUCCCAUUCAAUCUUAGUUCAUCACUUGUGGCUUUACUCGAUAGAUAA